AUGUCUUGCUCGUGGGCCAAGUCUCUGCUGGUCAGCCUGUCUCAGAGGAAGCCCGUGGAGCCGGAGGGCGAGGAGUCCACGUUCAACCGAUGCCUGACCACCCUGGACCUGGUGGCCCUGGGCGUGGGCAGCACCCUGGGGGCCGGGGUCUACGUCCUGUCUGGAGAGGUGGCCCGAGACAGCGCCGGACCCAGCAUCAUCAUCUCCUUCCUGAUCGCCGCCGUGGCCUCCAUAUUCGCCGGGCUGUGCUACGCAGAGUUUGGGUCCCGGGUCCCUAAAACCGGCUCCGCGUACCUGUACAGCUAUGUGACUGUCGGAGAGCUGCUGGCUUUUAUCACCGGGUGGAAUCUGCUGCUCUCCUACGUCAUCGGGACAUCCAGCGUGGCUCUGGCGUGGAGCGGGACGUUCGAUGACCUCAUCGGGGGCGUCAUAUCCAAGUUCUUAGAAGGCAACGCGGCCAUACACCUCCCCGGCCUCGCGCCGUACCCGGACGUCUUUGCUGCUGUUCUCGUCCUGCUGCUGUCAGGUGUGCUGGCAUUCGGAGUGAAAGAGUCAACAACAAUCAACAAGAUCUUCACUCUCGUCAACAUCCUGGUGCUGGUGUUCGUGGCCAUCUCCGGCUUCAUCAAGGGAGAUCUGUCCAACUGGAGCAUCAGUGAGGAGGUGCUGAUCAACGCCACUGCGGAGAACCUGAGCUCGCCUGCCAAUGUGACCAGCAUGUACGGAGUGGGGGGGUUCUUCCCGUACGGCAUCAGUGGAACGGUGGCCGGCGCCGCCACCUGCUUCUACGCCUUCGUUGGAUUUGACUGCAUCGCUACGACAGGUGAGGAGGUGAAGGACCCCCAGAAGUCCGUCCCCGUGGCCAUCGUGGCCUCGCUGCUCAUCUGUUUCCUGGCCUACUUCGCGGUGUCCGCCGCCCUCACCCUGAUGAUGCCCUACUACCUGCUCAGCGAGAAGAGCCCCCUGCCGGCGGCCUUCGACUACAUCGGCUGGGCGCCCGCCAAAUACGUGGUGGCCGUGGGGUCGCUGUGCGCCCUGUCCACCAGCCUGCUGGGCUCCAUGUUCCCGAUGCCCCGGGUGCUGUUCGCCAUGGCGAGAGACGGCCUGCUGUUCCAACCCCUGACUAAAGUCACCUCCAAGGGCAGUCCGGCCAUCGCGACCAUCUCGUCUGGGAUUGUGUCAGCCAUCAUGGCUCUGCUGUUUGACCUGGAGGCCUUGGUGGAGAUGAUGUCCAUCGGCACGUUGUUUGCUUACACACUCGUGGCCAUAUGCAUCUUAAUACUGCGGUACCAGGAGGGUCCUUCUGAAGACACAGACCUAAAGAUAGAAGUUAAAAAGUCUUCCUUCCUGAGUCCUCCGUCAACUCCCAAUCCAUCCACCUCGAGAAGAGUCACCAUCUUGACGAUAAUCGCUGUUGGAUGUUUGGUGGCGCUGUGCGUCACCCUGACUCAAGCCCUCGAUGCUCUGUCCAACAUGGAGGCCUGGAGUCUGGUGCUGGUGUGCGUCCUCGCCUUCAUCGUGCUGCUCAACACGUUCUUCAUCUGGAGGCACCCACAGAACACCAACAAGGCCUCCUUCAUGGUGCCCUUCCUCCCCGCUCUGCCGUUGGUGAGCACCUUCAUCAACGUGUACCUGAUGGUGCAGCUCGGUACAGAGACGUGGAUACGAUAUGCUAUCUGGAUGUUAGUGGGGUUAAUCAUCUACUUCGGCUAUGGCGUCCGUAACAGCGUCCAGAGGCAGCGCCGCAAGGACACCCAGAGGAUCCCGACCGCCAGCGGCACCGCGGACGGGGACAUCGUCAAAGAAGAAAAGUUCUGAGCUCACCUGGAUGAGCAGAGUGAGAUGUUACAGUGUGUUUGUAACUGUUGUUUUAAUGCAGCUCUGCUGAUUGGCUCCCGCAGCGUUGACACCGGGGCUCAACCGGCGGGCCGCGGUCAGGCCGGUGGACGUUCACGUUUAUUCCACUUUGUGACGGCGUCUGAAUUCAUCUACAUCUCGAGUGUUUCUGGACAUCAACGUCCCUGAGACUCUAGGUCUAUGAUCACAGUCGUUUACACCUUCCUGUUGAUUACUGUUCACAAGUUUACACUUUUCAUAUCAAUUGUAAAAUAUAGAAAUGUAUUGGAAUUUUUUUACAAAUCUAAUUACCAUUAUGAAUAACAAUACUUCUAUACACAUCAUGUAGAUUUAGACUGCACAAAAGUACAAUGUAGAUACUGGAAAUCUGUUGUUGUGUUGUUGCUCUCACUGUGUUGAAAGAUUAACUUAAA